UUUGCUAAAGACAAACUCCAUUUUCGUCUCCUUCUCUUGAACUCUUCUCUCUCUCAUUCAAAGCAAAGCAAAGAUCUCAACUUUCUCACCAAUCCCAUUUCAGACUCGAAGAAAUUAUCUUCCAACAAUGGCGAAAACUCGUUAAGAAAGAACGUCAAUGGAGUCUGAUCAAAGAGAGAGACACCAUCUCACAACGACGAGUAGUAGUAGUGGUGGUGGUGGUACGAGCGAGCUUUUCAUCUGCUUCACUUCUCGACUCUCAUCUUCUUCCAUGAAAAUCUCUUCAAAGUCCAUUCUCAGUCCCGGUCGAGCUAGAGACUCCGCUACCUCUCAAAUAUCUCUCUCCUCUUCUCUCAGCCGCCGUCUCAGAACCAGUGGAAGUCUCAAGGGCGCCGCCGGUGCUGGCCAAGCCUCUCCGAUGUUUCCCACCGGCGGAAAGAAGCGUGGCUCAGCUUCUUUCGAAAACCCAGAACCGUCUUCUCCUAAAGUCACUUGUAUCGGUCAAGUUCGGGUGAAGACCAAGAAACAGAGCAAGAAAAUAAGGAACAGAUCGAAGAGAAGGUCAGGUGGUGGAGAAGCGAGUUUCAGACGAGCAGAGCAAAGCUUACAAGAAGCUUCAUUGUCGUCUUCUUCUUCUAAUCACAACAGCAGCAGCCAUCAGAGUAAUCUCCAGCACCAGCACCAGCACCAGCACCAGGGAGCUGAUCAAGGGUUACCCCAUCGGAACCAGAAAUGGGUUCAUCUUCCACUGACGAUUUGUGAAGCUUUGAGGGCUUUUGGGUCUGAGUUCAACUGUUUCUUGCCGUGUCGAUCGUCUUGUACGAGUAAUAAUACCAGUCAUGGUGAACAUAAAGAGAGUAGUAUUAAAGAAGAGAGGAGAGCUAGAUCGGAGAAUGUGAAUGGAGGUAGUUCUUGUGGAGCGGCUUUUGCUCGGUGGUUGGUUUCGGUACAAGACGGCGACCAUGGGAAGAGGAGAGAGAUCGAGCUGGUGGUUGGAGAAGAUGAUGAAGAACAGAGAAGAAUGACCGAGAUGAUGAGAGGUAGUAGCCAGAGAAGGCAAGUUUUUGAGGGGAUUGAGUUUAGGGAUGAGCCUAAAGAAGAGCAAGAAGAGGAAGACGAAGAUGAUGAUGAAGAAGAAGAAGAAGAAGAAGAAGAAGAAGAAAAGGGUCGGGUUAGUAUUUGUAUUCCGCCUAAGAAUGCUUUGUUGCUUAUGAGAUGUAGAUCUGAUCCAGUAAAAAUGGCUGCUUUGGCUAAUCGGUUUUGGGAGUCGCCUGUUAAGAAAGACGAAGGAGAUGAAGAUGAGAACAAAGUAGAAGAAGAAGAAGAGCACGAGGAACAACUGAAUUGUGAAGAAGAUUUAGAAGGAAAGGAAGUAAUUGCAGUUGAAGAAGUAGCUGUAGAGUCUGAGCUUGUUAUCUAUGGCGAUGAAGUUUGUGAUGAUGAUGAUGAUGAUGAUGAGGAGGAGGAGGAGAAGGAAGAGAAGUUUGUUUGUACUGAUAAUGAAAACCCAAAAGAAGAAAAGGAAGAGAAAGUUGAUAACUUGGAGGCAUUGUUGCAUAAGAAUGAAGAUGAAAAUAAUGGAGAAGUAAUGAGCUCUGAAAGUAAAGCUUUAUUACUAGAAGAACCAGAAGAAGAGCCAGAAAAAGAUAGUGAAAAAGAGGACGUAAUUCAACUUCAAACAGACAACUUAGCUGGAGAAAGUACCGAUUUCAAUGGCUGUUCAUCCGAAAUACCAGUAGUAACAAUAGUAGAUCCAGAGAAAAGUGAGGUUUACGAUGAAGAAAAUGCAGUCAAACCAGGACUUGAAGAAGACCAAACCCUAGAAGUAUAUGAAAAAGAGGAAGAGGAACAAGAAGAAUCAUCAAAACCAGAAGAAGAAGAAGAAGAAAAAGAAGAAGAGCUUGAGAUGAAAGUCACAGAAGGGUCAACGGAACAAGAAGAAGACGACUCCGAACCCGAACUCGAACCCGAGCAGGCUGAAGCUUGCGAAGAGAAAACGGGUCGGGACUCGAGGGAAAACGGGUCGGGUUUACCGGAUUGCCUACUGCUAAUGAUGUGUGAGCCGAAGCUAUCCAUGGAGGUGUCCAAGGAGACCUGGGUCUGUAGCACCGACUUCAUCCGGUGGAUCCCUGACCGGCGACCCAAUCCGAAGAAGGUUCUGGGCCCAGGCCCAGGUGUGGAGGAGCCCAAGAAGCGGCCCAGUAUCGUCGUGAACGGCCCUAAUAGUGGGCUACCACCCUUGCAGCCGCCGAGAUCUUCUGUGUCGUUCCCUGUGACGGCGGCGGCGCCGCAAUCCAUGGCUAGCAUGAUAGAACAGAAGUUGGUGGGCUCUAAGCCCUACGAGCCAUUCGUGCUCACGCGCUGCAAAUCGGAGCCGAUGAGAUCGGCGGCGGCGACUAAGCUCGCGCAGGAGGCUUGUUUUUGGAAGAACAGGAAGCUUGAGCCGCAUCAUCCGGCUUCGCUUGGGCUUGGCGCGGCGGCUGGGGUUGGGUUUUGAGCCGAGGUAUUAAACAUAAUAUUAAUAUAAGAAAAAUUAAAGGAAAAAAAAUGUGGUAAAAACUAGAAAAGUUGUAUGGGUUAUUUUGCUUUUUUUUUUUUUUUUUUAAAUAGAAAAAUGUAAUGUUGGUCUUGUUUGUAAAUGUUUAGUUAAAUGGUUUUGAGGAUAUUCUUUUUUCAUCUAUAUUUUUUUUAUAACUUAGUUUAAUUUGAUUUUCUGAUAAUUUUUGUUUGUAAUACUCUUUCCCAAAAAUAUUAUUAUGGACACAAGUUUGGAGUUAUCAUGAA